AUGCGUACAGCCUACGAAGCGACGAGCCAAAGACUGAGAUGGACAUACAGCUACGAGGAGCUGGAGACUGUGCGCCAGGAACUGAGCGAUCGGGCCGUCGAACAAUGCCGCAGAAAUUGGGAUACAGAAGCUUCGCUCUUGGCCAGUGAAGGAAGUGCCAAUGUCAAGGUUCCAAAGAAAUUCCCUUCGCCAGAGGAUGAACGACUGCUCGUCACCUUUUACGCUGCAUCCAUCAGAACCAUCAUCGCGGAGGGAAUGCUCAACAAUGGUCGUUCGCUCCCGUCUGCUAUAGAAGGGGUAGCCAUUACCUUUCUGAAGCGUUUCUAUUUGCGGACGAGCGUGCUCGAGUGGCAUCCAAAGGUCAUCAUGCCAGUCUGCCUGUUCCUGGCCGGUAAAGUUUGUAACCACGUCUUUGAUAUCGACAAUUACGUUGCAUCCUUCAACAAAAUCAAACGCGAUGAUAUACUCGGUGUCGAAUAUCUGGUGCUACAAACCCUACGAUUUGACGUGUUCGUACCGCGAAUACAGGACGCUCUCCAUGGCUGGUUUCUCAAACUACAGGACGCGAACCCAUCCGGCGUGAAUCGGAUCGAGGCGGCUUACCUGGUCGCGCAAUCACAUUUAAAGCGUUCGAGACUCUCGGACGCGGAGUUCAUCUAUACACCGUCCCAGAUAGCUGCCACCUGUUUCCGUAUGGCGGACGCCAGACUGUUCCAGACCGCCCUGGACAAACUUCUACCCCUCGAUGCUGAGUCGCAAGGUGGCACAGAAUCAAAUUCGGGUCAACAAUCCCUUAAACCGCUUCUCGCGCGAGAAAGUCUGCUGGAUAUAUUACAACACGUUCAGAACGCCAUCGAGAGCGCUCCGUUGGAUGCAUCUUCCGAGAUGGACAAGGUGAAAGCCGCAGAUAAAUUGGUCAAGUUGGCACAAGACCCUGCAAAAAACAAGAGUUCCGCAUUGUAG